GCAUUGGCUGAACCUUCUGCCAUUGAGCGCUCGGACCACCGUUACUCCCUCUAUUGGUACUACGAGUACAUAUAUAGAUUUACCCUUCCUACUUGUCCGAGACGACAACGUCCAUUUCACUGAACCAAAACAAAGCACACCAAACAUGGACCCCUCAGGAACAUACGCAAACUGCCAAAUCGCUCAACGAGGUGCCGCUGACUUCCACCAUGAGUGUCACGAUGGCGUCACACAGACGGGCAAAGACACCCUCGAGUCCAGCUUUGCCGCAAAAAACAACCACGGAUGGCGUCGCAUAGUCUUGAAUUUCACGCCUUCGUGGUUCGCAGCAACGAUGGGCACUGGUAUCGUGUCCAUACUACUGCACAACCUCCCUUACAACAGCGACUGGCUGUACUGGCUUUCGGUCAUCAUCUUCUGCCUCAACAUCUGUCUGUUCUGCACUUUCCUCGCCAUCUCGAUCCUCAGGUACACCAUGUUUCGCGGCCUGUUCAUGGCCAUGAUCCGACAUCCAGUACAGUCGCUGUUCGUAGGGACUUUUCCGAUGGGUCUGGCGACAAUCAUCAACAUGAUCGUCUUCGUCUGCGUGCCCGCUUGGGGACCCUGGGCCACGACCCUCGCCUGGACGCUGUGGUGGAUUGACGUGGUCAUCUCGGUCGCCUCGUGCAUGUGGUUGCCCUUCAUCAUCAUGCAUCUGCAUGAGAGCGAGUUGUCCAAGAUGACCGCCGCGUGGCUGCUGCCUAUCGUGGCCACUAUCGUCGCUGCCGCUUCCGGUGGGAUCGUCGCUGAGGUCCUGCCAAACCCCCAGCACCAGGAGUGGACAAUCGUCACCUCUUACGUCCUCUGGGGAACUGGCUUUCCUCUGGCGAUGGUGGUACUAACGAUGUACUUCCAACGUCUCACUAUUCAUCGGCUCCCGCCGCGAGAGGUCAUCGUUUCAGUCUUCCUCCCACUGGGACCGUUGGGACAAGGCAGCUUCGGCCUAAUGCAGCUCGGAAAGGUGUGCGCACAGGUCUUCCCGAAGACGGAAAGCUUUGGACCAGAGAGCGGCAGAGUCAUUUUCAGCUUCAGCAUCGUCAUUGCUUUGGUGAUAUGGGGUUACGGGCUCGUCUGGCUGUUCUUCGCCCUGGCGAGCAUCACUCGAAGCAAGUUUCCUUUCAACAUGGGAUGGUGGGGAUUCACCUUCCCGAUUGGUGUCUUCGCCGUCUCGACAUGCACUCUCGCCAAGGAAAUCCCCAGCCUGUUCUUCAAAGUCCUUGGGACAAUUUUCUCCAUCGCUGUCGUCUUGCUGUGGUUGAUGGUUGCGCUGGAAACUUUCCGGGGUGUCAUGGCUGGGAACAUAUUUUUCGCGCCUUGCGUUUCCCAGUACGAGAAGCAAUUAGAACAGCUGCAAAAGAAGAAGCAACAAGAUAAAAAGCAAGAAGUAUAAUGUGCGAAUAUGAGAAGGGAAGAUAUCUUCAGCUAUGAAGUACAGUCCACCGAGGCGUUAACUGAACUACCAAGGCACUGUAGAUACUACUUUGAUAUUAAGAUC